AUGAGGCCGGUGAGAGAAGCCGCGGCGGCGCUGGUGGGCGUCGGCGGCGGCGACCAAGCGGCGGCUUCAUCCGCGGCCGGACACGCCGCCCACGCGCACACGGAGCUGUGGAGGACGCCCACGCCGUAUCUGUUCCUCGGCUUCGCGCUCAUGAUGGGCCUCAUCGCGUUGGCGCUCCUCAUGCUCUUCUGCACGCGCCGCAAGCCGUCGACCGGCGCGUCACGGCGGGGGAGCGGCACCGCAGAGUCGGAGUCGGCCCGGGGGAUGGUGAUGGCCCCGCUCGACCGGGAGCCCAAGGUCGUCGUCAUCAUGGCCGGUGACAACAUGCCGUCCUUCAUCGCCAGCGCCAGGCCCUUCGCUUUCGCCGCCGCCGUAGAAUCCGACGAGCAGCGCAAGGCGGGCGCCGCGUAG